AUGGAUAACAAAAAGAAAUGCCUUUUGGAAAAGUUUGGGGGAGAAUAGCACGUUUUUGAACUCAUGGAUUAAUUCUAUUAUUUAGUGAUGUUUGAUAAUCUUCUUCGAGACAAAUUUAUGAAGGCAGAUAUGAGCAGAGUUCGAAAUCAAUAAAAAAAAUUCUUUACUUAAAUGAUGGGUGAUGGCAAAACCUAAUACGCUGGAAGGUAUUUUAUUUAAUAAAAUAAUUAUAGAGAUUUAGUCGAGGUCCACAAAAAUCUUGGCAUUACUAACUAAUAAUUUGAUAAAUUUAAAACACAUCUGAAAAAUAUUGCAUUAGACAUGGAAAUACCCACAUAGAACAUAGAAGAGUUACUUCAACUUGUUGAAAAACACAGAGAAGUCAUUGUUUUUUAAAAAUGA